AUGCCCAACAUCCCGCGGAGACUUCUCAGCUCUUUGGAGGACACAUCCGGUCUCAGAUUGAACGCUACACUAUUUGAAGACGUCAAUCUCCGUGUGGACAUCAUUUCCGUCUUCGAACUUGUGCCCACAAAGCAUGGUAAACCCUCAUCGAUGUGGAAGAGGAGGAAGUCUUCAGUUCUGCUCGAUGAAAGCCUCACUAGAACAAAUGCCAUGAACGAGAAAAGGAUAGGGCUUUCACUCGGUCAUCAAGAGCUAGUACGACUGGUGGGUGAAAAUGAAGAUGCGCCUAAUGAGCUUCUGGAGUUAUUCCUACGAAUCUUGGAGAACGCUCAGGCUAAUGCUGAAGCGCGACUCACAUACAGGUCGCCAGACUCGGGUCAGCCAGACGAGGCAGCGACGAAAGCUUUAUCGCAUGGGCUUGGACAGCAAUCAGCAGAAGCGGAACAAGGCUCCUCAACAGUGGACUGGGAGUUGCUACCGCUCGUAGGAGAUCUCGCUAUUCAGCGCAAAGAGGCCCGGCUGCCGUGCUUUUCUGUGGGAAGUCACUUGCAGAACGACACUUUCCAUGAGCGCCAGGACGUGCUCGCCAAGAUCGAUGAAGUGUGUUUACCUGAUGUGCUUUACACUUCUUCAUCGGACAACAAAGAGCUCAAAGUAUUUGCACUGUGCGGCAUAGGAGGUCUAGGAAAAACGGAGACCGCCAUUGAAUACGCCUUUUCACGUCGUUCUCGGUUUGAUGCCAUAUUCUGGAUCCGGUCAGAUGAGAAAUCGAAGCUGGAAGAGGAUCUCAGUCAGAUCGCGUUGGCGCUGGAUCUCGCUGAUACGAAUGAGCCGAUCAACCAUUUCGCUAACCGAAGUAUUGCUCGCGGAUGGCUUGCCAGUCCGCGAAAGCUUCUUGAUGCCUCGAGCGACAGUAUCUCUCAAGCGGAAGCUACUUGGCUACUAAUAUUGGAUAACGCAGACGAUCCAGCGGUCCUGGAUGAGUUGAAACCAUUGUUUGGAAGUGGGUCAGUCCUGAUUACAAGCCGUAAUCCGUUGUCCAAGAGCGCUCUCGCCACGAACUUGAUAAGUCCAGUCGGUUAUGAUCUCCAACCAUUCACCACGGAAGAAGCCACUAGCUUUAUUCUCAAGCUUGCGCCUGGCGAUUCGCAAGGUGCAAAGCAGAUUGCAGAACGUCUUGGGGGUAUUCCACUUGGUCUUGUUCACAUGGCGGGAAUCAUCAGAAGCACAUUCGUGAAGCACAACGAGUUCCUGGCUUGGUACAGUGACGAGUUGGAACUUCCCGAAUUACAUGAAAUGGCUGUCGACCUUCCUCGACCAACCGCCCGCGGAAAUCUCGCAACGAUAUGGGCGGUGGAGAAGCUACCGCAAGAUGCUCGAACGUUCCUCGAGUACCUGGCAUUCUUGGAUCCAGAUUGUAUCCAGGAAAGAAUCUUCAUCAACUUCAGUGGCUCUCUAGCGCUUAUGCAGGACUUGCCGCAAAAGAAAGGCGAAUGGCUCAAAGCAAGAGGCGGGCUCUUGCGUGCGUCUUUGGUGCAUCACAACGAACAGGAAGGCGACCUUCGGAUACAUCGAUUACUCCAGGAUGUCGUGCGAGCCAAACUGCCCGACGAAAGACAGAGUCAGAUACUCAGCAACCUCAUUGUGUUGUUGAACGCGGCAUUUCCUAAAGUACCUCUCGACAAACGAGCAACCACGAAACGGUGGCCAGAGUGCAUUGCCAUCCACCCUCAUAUCAUAUCUAUCAUGCAAUAUGUCCAGCAUAAAGUCAAGGGAGGUCUCAUCCAAGUCAACCUCGAGAUGGCACAGUUGCUUUCGGAGGUAGGCUGGUUUGAUACGGAGCGAAGUGAAGCAGAGUUAGCGAAGCCCAUCCUGCUCUUCGCGCUCGAGCUAUGUGGGAUGCUCCAAGGAGACGACGUCACAGGCUUGACCCUAGACAUACACUAUGCCCUCAAUUCGGCCGGCAACGAGACGAAUGACCUUUCGCUUUGCGUAAAACAUGCGAAGGCAGGCCUCGAACUCGCAAUCGCGACGUAUGAAAGAACGAAUAUACCUUCCAUCCGACUUGGAAUCGCCUACAACCAGAGGGGUGUCAGUCUCAUUGCUACACAAGAUUACGACGGAGCAAUAAAGAUGCUUGAGCACGCCCUGAGUGCUUAUGAGAAUCUUCCUGACUUCAACCUGGGAAUGACAACCCUGCCGCUCGCCAAUUUAGCCUGCGCAUUCUGGCUGAAGAGUGACUUUGAGGGUGCGAUUCGGGCCUUGCUACGCGGAUUGGAAGGGAGAGUGAAGUUGACCGGCAUGAUCGACGACACGGAAUCGUUCCGCUGUGGAAGGCUUUUGCAUGGUAUGGGCAAUGUGAAGUGGUCGCAGAGCGAAGCUGUGGCUAGCAAAGACCCAGUACUUGCCCGGCAACUAAUGGAAGAAAGCGAGUCGUAUCAUCGACGCACCUUGGAGCAAUACCUCAAGACGAUUGGCAAGACUCAUCACCGCUACGCAGAUGUAUCGCAUCGUGUAGCGAAACAUUGCUUGCGUCACGGCGAUACCAAGAACGCAAAGUGA